UUUAAGGUAGUUUUCAUUUAAUAGCAUCGCAGUGAACAACACGUUUCGUCACAACGCAUCGACGGUAUUUAACAUUAACAACAGCAACAAUAACAAAAAACUACUAUUUGGUAAUUUACGCGGUGCAACUAUGCAAAUGUUUGUGUUAAUGCUGUUUUUGGCACUCGUAGUGGUGAGCAAUGCGCAAAGUUGCCCCUCAUCAACAAAGGUGCUGACCUGCACGCCCAAAUGCAAACAAGACACCGAUUGCAGUGCCAUUGGUGGCAAGUGUUGCCCGAAUUUGUGCAAUGAGCGUUCUUGCAUACAACGGAAUCAAUUGGAUUUGGGCAGUUCAUCUUCUGGUGGCGAUAAAUAUUCGAGUUCCAGCUCUGGCGCCUACUGCGGCAACAUCAAAUGCAACCCUCAGGAGAAAUGCCAAGUGGAUCGUUCGACCAAACGUCAAAAAUGCGUCAGAACUUGAAUCUCCCGCCCAAAGCACAAUUAAUGGAUUUUUUAAAAAUACUGUAAUAUUAAGCAAGCAAGCACAUUUUUCUUUUACUUACAUGCUUAUUUAUUUAUGUAGUUAUGAGUAUGCAUUAAUGUACUACUUAUAUGUAUGUAUAUUCACUUACAAGUGGCGCCGCUACGACGAAUUGCACUAAAAGGCAAGCGAUCAAAAUAAAUUUCAGCAUUUUGAA